AUGGCGAAUAAUCUGUUACUGACGAGCAUCUUAGAUGCAAAUAAACUCAUUGGCCCAAACUUCCUCGAUUGGUUUCAAAACCUCAAGAUCAUUUUGAAACAAGAAAAGAAAUCUUAUGUCCUUGAUACUCCCAUUCCACCAGUCCCUAUUGUUGAUGCUAGUGUUGAGGAUAAGGAGGCAUAUGAACAUCAUAAGGAUGACGAUAAUCAAGCAGAAUGUGUGAUGCUAGCCAAUAUGACCCCUGAGCUCCAAAAGCAACAUGAACACAUGGAUGUCCAAUCCAUGAUUCUUCACCUUAGAGAACUGUUUGAUAAAGAGGGGCGCAUUGAGAAAUAUGAGAUCUCUAAAGAACUAUUCUAA